AUACAAGCAGGAAACAGAGUUACCAUCUCAUCCACCUAUAGGCAUUACGCAACGCAACCGCCCCUGUCCACAGGCUGUCGGAAGUUGGGGAGAUUUCAUGUGUAUCUUUCUUUUUCUCAGACUACAGUUUAACCAGUUCUGAUACGAGAUUGGAGAAAUGGCAGCUGAGCUUGCCAGGGUGAGGGGUAAGUUUGUGAGCAAGGUGUCCACAGCAGUGAUUAAGCAGCUCCUGGAUGACCUUUUAGAUGAUGAUGUCUUAAAUGAUGGCCAGAAAGACUCAAUACUUGAAGAGAACAAUACCACAGCAGACAAGGCACGCAGUCUCGUUGACAUAAUAAAGAAGAAAGGAGAUGUAGCCAGCAGGAAGAUGAUCGCUCACCUUUACGAAAGAGAUCCAACACUUCACUCUGAAGUGGGUCUGUCCCGUGGUCAACCUGCGCAGCCGGCUGCAGAGCAACAGAUGAAACAGGACUGGUCCACCACGCUCAUCCCUACCACCGAUUCAUUCUGGACGGAGAAAAAGAAUGAUAGAAAAACUUACUCUGCUGAAAAAAAUUCCAUCAGGAAUCGUGUGGCCCUGCUAAUCACUAAUAUAAAGUUUACUGAUGAGAGACACAACAGAAAUGGAGCUGAGAAGGACGAGGAGAACAUGGAGAAACUGCUCAGGGCUCUGGGAUACAAGGUGGUGAAAUAUACAAACCUCACAGGAAAGGCAAUUGAUGAUGCUGUAAUGAAGUUCUCUAAACUUCCGGAACUCAAAGAGACGGACAGUGUGGUGGUGGUUAUCAUGUCUCAUGGGAAACUGGGAGCUGUCCUCGGUUGCAACUGGACAAAAGAUGAUGUUGAGAAACCAGAUGAGUUCCCCAUCGACAACAUUUACAAACACUUGGGCUCAGAGAAGUGUCCAGCGCUGCUGAACAAACCCAAGAUCAUCAUCAUCCAGGCCUGCAGAGGAGCGGAGAAAGGAUCAGUGCUCGUUAGUGAUGAUGCAGUGGUCUGUGAUGAUGUGUCACAGCCAGGUCCACCCCCGUGUGCUGACGAAGAAAACAUUGAGGAUGACAAUUUGAAAUGUGUACACAAAGAAAAAGACUUCAUUUCUCUUCUUUCCUCCACCCCCGAUACAGUCUCAUACAGACAAAGAAAUAAUGGGUCUUUUCUCAUCCAGUACAUUGUCGAUGUAUUCAACACCUUGGCACAUAAGGAACACAUUGAUGAGCUUUUCCGAGAAGUCAUGCAACGCUUUGAAGAGUUUUCGGUUCAAAGCCUAAGACAGAUGCCGACCAAAGACAGAACCACUCUAACAAAGCACUUCUACUUCUUUCCAGGUCUCUAAGGGCAGGAUUCUCUGUUGUUUAACAUAGAUUUGUAAAUUUAAAAUUUAAAAUUAUGUUGCAAUGUUUUUUGAAGUUAGCUACUCGGUAAAUUGAUCAAACUUUUGGAUGAAUCACUGAAUGGGCCUACCGGGCAGAGGGCCAGUGACCCAAGUUACAGAAAAAAGACAUGCAAAUAGACACAAAUUGACAAGAAAGACCCAAUCUAGAACUACUCAAGAUCUACAACGAUAAAGCUGCGUCGUUUUGUCUCUUUUAGUCUUGGUCUCUUGCUCUUUUGUAAUUGGGGGGGGGGGCUUACAUGACUGUAUUCAGGGGCCUGCAGUCUUAUAAUCUAUCCUUGAUAAAACUUAAUAUAAACAUUUAUAUUUUUAUAUAUACUUAAUAGUGUGUAAGCCUUUGAAUUAAAGGAACAUAGACAUUUUUAUCAACUUACAUUUAACAGGUUGCUUACUCAUGGUUGUCAUGCAAAUAGUCACCAGGCUCCUAGUUCUUCCAUCAAAUUUUAAAACACAAUAAAUCUAAUUUAUGAAAUCACUUGGAUGUUCUUUACAGCCAAAAAACAUUAUUUUUCAUUUUAAAUUUCUUAAAAGUUAUAAGACACCAGACAGCACUGCAAUUAACUCAGACACAGUGCCCCUGUUAAUCAUCAGUACUCUUGGUAAAAACUAGACAAACAUCUUUAGCAUGAAACAUUAAUAACUGUGCAUAAUUAAGCUCCCUAAAAGCUUGUUUUGAUUCUUAAUGUGACAUCUCAACAUUGAAGGGCAUUUACUUUUGUUCUUGCUUGCGUAAAUUUUGUCGAGGUAGGACAGCAACAUUCAGCAGUCUGAUUUUCUUCUUUUUUUUUUUCUUGUAUGAAUGGGGAUGUCUGCUGUUGUGGUCCUAAGCCUAUGGUGUGCUCUUUUACUUGAUGUGUGACAAUGAGCUCUCCAAAUAAACUUGACUUAAGUUGA